AUGAGUGAAUCUGCGGAGCAUCUCCGCAAGAUGCAAAUCCUUCAAAUGGCAGACUUAGGAACCGCCCGGCGUGAAAUGAUUUCUACUGCCGAUAUCAAAAAUCAGGCUCGCGCACAGCUUGCCGACAUUGAGUCUAAGCGACUUGUUGAUCAAAGAGAUGAAGCUCAGUUGAGCAAAUGGGCAAAUUUGCAUGCUGAGAUCGGAGAUACCACGGGAAUGGAAGAACUCGAUGACAUAGAUUCCGGCCAGUCCCACCGAGCUAAUUUGCAUGCCAUGCUGCAUCCCAAUGGAAGUCAGCCGCGAACCUACGCCAAUCAUCCCUACCCAACUCCAUCUGCAGGUCGCGGUGGUGGUGUCAUGGGAAAGAGAGGACGAGGUGGCUUUGUUCCCCCUCCCCCUAUGGGACCUGCUGAUCUUCCUCUUGCUUUCGCAAGAGCCUCAUUCCGUGGAAAUAUGAGUCGCUCAGGGCGCCCAGGACCGCGCGGUCGCUCGACUACAAUGUCGGCCAGCAUUCAUUUAGACCCUGCCUUAAACUGCAACAACGAUGACAACGAUGCUCGUGACCGAGGAAGAGGACGUGGACGAAGCAAAGGCAAAGGCAGGGGCAACGCCCAAGAGCAGAUUCACAUCCCGUCCGCCCCUAGCAGGCCCCAGCGUCCGCCUCCAGCGGUCAACUUCGCCACUAGAAUCUCCGAACCACAAGACUUUAUGAACUUGUUCCAAUCUCGCCGAGCAACUGAAACGUACAAGAAGCCUAUCGAUAAAAUCGUCUCUGCUCCUAUGCAGAAUGCUGCAUCUGCGCAGGAACCCAUUCCGCCCAACGAACCAAAGAUCAAAACGCCUCUGACCGGUACACCCAAGAAGAAGACGGCGAGCAUUCUUCCACCUUCGAAGCCUGCAUCCUCGCCAGUGGCACCGUCGACGACAUCCAAGGCCCAGGCUACUGCAGCCAAUAUUUCUCAGCCCCAUAUUGGACCUUAUCUAGUGGAAACACCCUCUCCAGCACGUGUUGUUCCUCUUGAUAAGACUGCAUCCUUCAAAACCCGCAAGGCCCAACCUGAUACACCCAAAUCUUCUCAGCCACAUAAUAAACCCCCUCCAGUGGAAGCCCCCACACCACCGGCAUCUCAUUCCGUUUCUGUCCAACAAAGCGCCAAGUCCAGAAAGGCGAAAGACAUGGCGACUGGUUCCCAGGCUCCUUAUCCAGCAGUGGUCGCAAUCGCCGCGGAUGAGAUUCAAUGGAAGGUUUCGCCCGGCGAACAGCCACGCAAGAAGGGCACGGCUCCUCCAAGCAAGGCAGCAAUCUCAUCCGAACACUCUAUGCCCCUCGCCGAGGCUAAGAAGACACCCGUCGCCAAGGUCGUCCAAAACAAAGACAGCAAGCAGAAUGUUUCUACUGCUAGCCAGAAGGGGAAACCCAAGCAGAAAUCUCAGUGUCAAGAUCUUCUGAGCGAGGAUGACUCCCCGGUUAAUGCAGCAACAAAAGCCUCUCACCGUUUGAAGACAGUGGCCAUCCAGAGUCCAGGUACUGCGGAAUUGGUAGGUCUCAAGUUUGCCGAGAAGGCCGGGGAGUUGGUGCCAACCAAGAGCAUUGACGAAGUCAUUGCCCCCAAAACAACGAGCAAUGAGAUCCCAGAAACCCUAUCUCGCCGCAAUGAUCAGAGUCAAGAACUUGACGGCUUCGGUAUCUAUGGUCCGCAGAUUAUUGAAGAACUUCGCGACAUCCGCAGACACAUUCGUUCGCCUCAAGACUUGGCUACUACCCGUGAUAUCGAACGCAUACUUGAAUCUAAAUUGCUCCAGUUGGUCCCUACAGCAUAUACACCACCUGCAGCACCUGCAUCCUCGGAGAUACAAAGUCGGUUGGGUAAUCUGGUUGCACUUGUGGAAUAUCUUUCAACAUCGCAGCAAGGAACUAACACUGUUGAAGUUCCUUUGGCUGCCCGGCGCGAUCUUACCCCCUUUGAGGGGCACCGAUCGCCGCCCCCACCUUCGUCUAGCUCAAACUCACCCCCGUCUGCUGAUAAACGCGCGCACAAGGUACGUGUGCCCGGCCUCUCGCCAACCAGGAGUGAGAGUUCCGACAUUAUUUCGCAGUUCGAAUCCCUUCAGGUCUCGGACAAACUCGCCGCGCCCCUCCAACCGCAGCGUGUGGUCCCUGUUCCGGUACUUCGUCCACUGGAAAUUCCCAAAAAGACCACUACCUCCGAUGCGUCUGUUCAGGUUACUCCUGCUCUGGUGUCACGUCCAAAGGAGGCAACGAAAAAGCCACAGACCCUUAACGAUUCGAUCUUUGCAGGACCUGUAGGCCCUGUCACUUCCAAUGCUAACAGCUUUAUUGAACCUAAUGCGGUGCGAUCCCAGACCACGACUCGGGGGUUGAGCGCAACCCAUCCGAACAUACUGAAGCAACCGGAUAUUCAGUCAACCGGCGUUCGUACAAUCGGCCCUGCGCCAUACAAACCCCGCGUGAUUGGUCCUGCUCCCUCCCCCUAUGAGCCAACCACCUUGCGGGAUGUUUCAGCAGCCCACAUUCGUACUGUUUCUGCACAGCAUGCUAACACUGAGAAUCGGCCCUCGUGGGACGUUACAAACCGUGCUUUGAGCUCCAUGAGUCAAUCCAGUGGUCCAGCUUCUGAGCAAGCUCCAGGUCGACUGUUCUCGAUGCCUGACCCUGCCACAAUUCCCCAGCCCAAGUCGAAGAGUGCUGGUGCAUUCCUUUCCAACCGACCUUCUCGCCGCUAG